GGCGGGCACGGGCGGAAUGGGGACUGCGGCUGCUGCAGCGGCGGCGGCCGGGGAGGGGGCGCGCAGCCCGAGCCCCGCCGCCGUGUCGCUCGGCCUGGGCGUGGCCGUAGUGUCGAGCCUGGUGAACGGGUCCACGUUCGUGCUUCAGAAGAAGGGCAUCGUGCGCGCCAAGCGGCGAGGUACCUCCUACUUAACAGACAUUGUAUGGUGGGCAGGAACAAUUGCAAUGGCUGUUGGCCAGAUUGGAAACUUCCUGGCUUACACAGCGGUCCCCACGGUCCUGGUGACUCCUCUUGGUGCCCUUGGAGUGCCAUUUGGGUCCAUUUUAGCUUCUUAUCUUCUGAAAGAAAAGCUCAACAUCUUGGGCAAGUUGGGGUGUCUGCUAAGCUGUGCGGGUUCUGUCGUGCUGAUUAUCCAUUCCCCGAAAUCUGAGAGUGUGACUACUCAGGCUGAGUUGGAGGAGAAGCUGACCAAUCCAGUGUUUGUGGGCUAUCUGUGCAUCGUGCUGCUCAUGCUGCUGCUGCUCAUCUUCUGGAUCGCACCGGCCCACGGGCCCACCAACAUCAUGGUCUACAUCAGCAUCUGCUCCUUGCUGGGGAGUUUCACCGUGCCUUCCACCAAGGGCAUUGGGCUGGCUGCCCAAGACAUCUUCCACAACAACCCAUCUAGUCAGCGGGCCCUCUGCCUGUGCCUGGUGCUCCUGGCCGUGCUUGGCUGCAGUAUCAUCGUCCAGUUCAGGUACAUCAACAAGGCCCUCGAGUGCUUCGACUCCUCUGUGUUUGGGGCCAUCUACUACGUGGUGUUCACCACACUGGUCUUGCUGGCCUCAGCCAUCCUCUUCCGGGAGUGGAGCAACGUGGGUCUGGUGGACUUCUUGGGCAUGGCCUGUGGGUUCACCACUGUCUCCGUUGGAAUUGUCCUUAUACAGGUGUUCAAAGAGUUCAACUUCAACCUGGGGGAGAUGAAUAAAUCUAAUGUGAAAACGGACUAGGAUGUCACAAGGAAUUGUAUGGCUUGAGGAACAGAAAGAAGAUAUGGUUUCUGGUCCUAAUUUGAUGUGACGUAGAAGAGUAAAUUUACACAAGUAAAUUGUUUGUGUUGGAGUUGCUUAUCAUGAUGAAUAGGCUGGUGGAGAAUGAGGAUGCAUUGCUUAGCACAGGACUGUGGACUCAGCCUUCUGUUCUCUGAAGUUGCUCAAAGGUUGCCUGAGUGUCAUCUCUCUCUGAUGAGAGGAAUCUUAGGUUCAUUGCCAUUAACCUGGAAGCUUUGAUGAAUACUCUUUGCUUUUAAAACACUAUCAUUAUUUAAAUAGAACGGGCCUAUUCUGGUUAGUGUUUGCAGGGGAACAGAUAUUCUUAUUUAGGAGCUUACUUUGGAAAUGGGAGAAGGUGUUGUCUUGAAGUCUGACUCUACAGUAAAUGUGUCUUUAGUCUUGUUAUUUUGCAUUAAGCAUGUCUAACAUUCAGGUGUUCCAUCCAAAUCAGAGGUAUAUACAUUUAAUUGUUUUUAAUCCUCUAAUGUGUUGACUCUCCUACCCCUGACUCCUAGACAUUUUAAUUGGAAACAGAGAGAGAAGAGUGAAUGGAUACCAUAUACUGUUCCAUUUGCAGGAUGAUUUUCAGUAGCUCAAAUCAAUUUCAGUGCCUUUAUCACUUGAACUAUUCACUUAAUUUGACUAUUACUGUGUGUAUGUUCUCUUAGAUUAGAAUAAUGCAGCUUCCAUGAUUAUACUUUAGUAUUUCACUAUUCAAACUAUAAAUGUUCAAAGCAGUUAUAAAUUAUAGUAUAUUAUUUAUUGGAAGAGAAUCAAGAUGAAGGACACAUUAGAGGAAGUUGACCCUUUCAGCAUGUUAUAAUCCAAUGAAAGACAAUUGACUAAGUAGCAUGAGGUAUUUUAUUUGUAUUCAGUCUAACAUAACUGGGAUCCAGUAUUAAAUUUACCCAUGUUCUCAUUGAGCAAGCAUUGUGUCCACUAAGAAGAAAUUAUUUAGGCUGUUAAGUGAGAUAGUAACUGUUCAGUGGCACAUAUGAGUUCAGGAACAAGUUAAAGGACACAAUUAAGCCUAAGUUUUUUUUUUUUUUUUGCUACAAAUUGGAACACACAUAGUUUUAGAAAGAAUUUCUAGCAAAAAUGAAAACAGUUUAACCAUCUCCCUGUUGUUUGAGAUGACAAAGCACUCUGCAGUCCCUGACCCAAUCUCUCAUUAAACUUGUGAAAUGCAAAAUAGCCAUUAAUUAGCCCUGGGAUUUCUUUGGAGGGAAUGAUGCUGAAGCUGAAACUCCAGUACUUUGGCCACCUCAUGCGAAGAAUUGAUUCACUGGA